AGCACGGGAAUCCCCAGCCCCGGGUACGCACCGAGACGAGGCUCGCCUCGGCCAAAUCAUACUCAGCCAGGAGAGAAGAGCCCCCGUCCCCUUUCUCCUCCACCCAGCUCCCGCUCCCGCUCCCGCUCCCGAGGAACUCCUCUGCCAUGGCGCCCCCUCUCUCCUCCUGGCCAUGGGCGAGCCUGGGCAUAUACAAGUACUUCCUGCUGGGCCCGCUGGUGUGGAAGGUGGCGCAGGAGUGGGCGGAGCAGGGCGGCGCGCCGCUGGGCUCGCGGUGGCUGCACCUGCUGCUGCUCUUCUCCGCCCGCGGGCUGACGUACCAGUUCUGGUUCUCCUACAGCAACAUGCUCUUCCUCACCCGCCGCCGCCGCGUCGUCCCCGACGGCGUCGACUUCCGCCAGGUCGACCACGAGUGGGACUGGGAUAACUUCCUGGUGCUGCAAACGCUGAUUGGUGCGGCGCUGGUCAACGGCCCGCUGCCCCUCCCGGGACUGGAGGAUCUCCGCGUGUGGGACCCGCGGGGGCUGGGCAUCGCGCUGCUGCUGCAUGUGGGCUUGUCAGAGCCCGUGUUCUACUGGGCCCACCGGGCCCUGCACGGGGCCCCGCUCUUCGGCCAGUACCACGCCGGGCACCACUCCACGCCGGUGACCCAGCCAUUGACAGCUGGAUUCGGCACGCCGUUGGAGGCCCUGCUGCUGACGCUGACGACGGGGGUCCCGCUGGCAGGGGCCUUCCUGAUGGGGGCUGGGUCCCUGGGCCUGGUCUACGUGCACCUCCUCACGUUCGACUAUCUUCGGAGCAUGGGGUACAGCAAUGUAGAGGUCAUCUCUCACAGGGUCUUCGAGGCUCUUCCCCCGCUCAGAUACCUCAUCUACACCCCGACGUAUCUGAGCCUGCACCACAGGGAGAAGGACUCCAACUUCUGCCUGUUCAUGCCUCUCUUCGACCUCCUGGGCGGCACCCUAAACUCCAAGUCAUGGGAGCUGCAGAAGGAGAUCUACCAAGGGAAGAACGAUCGGGUGCCGGAGUUCGUGUUCCUGGUGCACGUGGUGGACAUCAUGUCGUCGAUGCACGUCCCGUUCGUGCUGCGCUCCAUCUCAUCGGUGCCGUUCGAGAACCACCUCAUUCUGCUCCCCUUCUGGCCCGUGGCCCUGGUCUACGGGCUGCUCAUGUGGUGCUGCUCCAAGACCUUCCUCGUCAGCUUCUACUACCUCCGCGGCCGCCUCCACCAGACCUGGAGCGUGCCCCGCCACGGCUUCCAGUACUUCAUCCCGGCCGCCAAGGCCGGCAUCAACCGCCAGAUCGAGCUCGCCAUCCUCCGCGCCGACAGGAUGGGCGUCAAGGUCCUCAGCCUCGCCGCCCUCAACAAGAACGAGGCAUUGAACGGAGGUGGCACCCUGUUCGUGGACAAGCACCCUGACCUGAGGGUGAGGGUGGUGCACGGCAACACCCUCACGGCCGCCGUGAUCCUGAACGAGAUCCCCAGCAACACCAAGGAGGUGUUCCUCACCGGCGCCACGUCCAAGCUCGGCAGGGCCAUCGCCCUCUACCUCUGCCGGAAAAAGAUCAGAGUCGUGAUGCUGACCAUGUCGUCGGAGAGGUUCCUGAAGAUCCAGAGGGAGGCGCCCGCGGAGUUCCAGCAGUACCUCGUGCAGGUCACCAAGUACCAGGCCGCGCAGAACUGCAAGACGUGGCUCGUGGGCAAGUGGCUGUCGCCGAGGGAGCAGCGGUGGGCGCCGCCGGGGACGCACUUCCACCAGUUCGUCGUGCCGCCCAUCAUCGGGUUCCGUCGCGACUGCACCUACGGCAAGCUCGCCGCCAUGAGGCUCCCCAAGGACGUGCAGGGCCUCGGCUCCUGCGAGUACUCUAUGGAGCGAGGGGUGGUGCACGCGUGCCACGCCGGCGGCGUGGUGCACUUCCUGGAGGGGUGGGAGCACCACGAGGUGGGCGCGCUCGACGUCGACCGGAUCGACGUCGUGUGGAAGGCGGCGCUCAAGCACGGCCUCACGCCGGUGUGAUGUGAUCGCUCGUCGUCGACGCAGGUGUAGCGCAGGUGCAGAAUGCAGCUGAAACGAAGCAACUAAGAUCGCUCCCUCCUCCAUCCAUAUGUAUUGUUGUACUCCAUUCAUGUCAAAUGUACCACUGAUACCGGCUUGACGAGACAAGAGACUGGAUUAAUCGAACCGCCCAAGGACAGCACACUUGUUUUGA